AUGAUGAGUGAGCAGGGGCAACAAGUGUUGAUUUUCAGACCAAACACCAAAAGGGAAUUUGGUCGAUCUGUCCAACUAUCCACAAUACAGGCCAGCAAGGCUGUUAGUGAAAUUGUACGAACCACAUUGGGACCCAGGGCUAUGCUUAAGAUGUUGAUCGAUCCCAUGGACGGAAUCGUUAUUACCAACGAUGGCAACGCUAUACUACGCGAGAUCGAUGUGGCAAAUCCUGCAGCCAAGAGUUUGAUUGAGCUGAGCAGAUCUCAGGAUGAGGAAGUUGGCGAUGGUACUACAAGUGCAGUGAUUAUAGCUGGGCAAGUGUUAGCAUGUGCAGAACCAUUGAUUAAACAGGAAAUACACCCAACAAUUAUCAUUUCCGGGUUUAUUAAGGCCCUAGCUGAUGCACAAGAGAUUGUGAGAAAUAUUUCCACCAAAAUUGAUGUACAGUGUCAAAAAAGUCUGGAAAAUGCAGUGGUAUCGUGUUUAGAUACCAAAUUUUCCAGUAGAUGGGGGAAUUUGAUUUGUGAUUUGUCUCUAAAGGCAGCACUUACCGUACAGUGUGUUUUGCCUAAUGGAAAGAAAUCCAUAGAUCUAAAGAGAUAUGCUAAAAUUGAAAAAAUUCCCGGGGGAAAUCUUGAGGAUUCAAAAGUAUUGGACGGGAUAAUGAUCAAUAAAGAUGUAACUCAUGGGCAAAUGAAGAGGACUAUUGAGAACCCCAAAAUAUUAAUUCUAGACUGUACGUUGGAAUACAAGAAGGGGGAGAGUCAGACCAAUGUGGAGAUAACCAAGGAAGAGGAUUGGGCCAAACUCUUGGAACAAGAAGAGUUGGAAGUAAAGACAAUGUGCCAAGACAUCAUUGCCACAGGGUGUAAUGUGGUUGUCACUGAAAAAGGCGUUAGCGAUUUGGCUCAACAUUAUUUGUUGAAGGCUGGCAUUAGCGUGCUUAGGCGAGUUAGGAAAACAGAUGCCAACAGGCUGGCAAAAGCUUGUGGCGCUACAAUUGUUAAUCGUACCGAGGAGGCCCUGGAGAAGGAUGUUGGCCUCAAAUGUGGACUUUUCCAAGUCUCUAAAAUUGGCGAUGAUUAUUAUUCCUUCUUCAUCAAAUGCAAAGACCCCAAGGCAUGCACCAUUUUGUUACGUGGCUCGUCCAAAGAUAUUCUGAAUGAGAUAGAGAGGAAUAUGCAUGAUGCAAUGAAUGUAGCUAGAAAUAUUCUAAUAGAUCCAGCUCUGUGCCCUGGAGGCGGAGCUACAGAAGCACAAGUUUCAGCUAGGCUAUUGGAGAAGGCGGAAUUAAUUUCGGACAUUUCUAAAUAUGCAUACAAAGCCAUCUCUGAUGCAUUUUUGGUCAUCCCUAGAACUUUGGCACAAAACUGCGGGGUGAGUCCAAUUAAAAUUGUAACGGAAUUAAUGGCUCAUCACACUGACCCUAAGGCCAGCCCUAAUUUGGGAUUAGAUGGCAACAUUGGUAAGGUUUGUGAUGUCGUGAAGGAAAAUAUAUGGGAUACUUGUGCUGUGAAACUGCAAAUUUACAAAUCUGCAAUUGAAGCGGCUUGUAUGUUAUUGCGAAUAGAUGAUAUUGUCAGUGGGAUUAAGAAACAAGGUGGGGAUGAUAAUGUUCCAAAAAAGCCUGUUGAAGACUUCCAAUCCCACAUCGACUCCUAG